GCCGCGCCGCUCCCGGCUCUGCUCGCUCGGGCGUCGGACCGGAGCCGCUGGGGCGCAGGCGACGCAGCCCCAGCAGGAAUCGAGACAAUGGCCUCGAAGCCGGGGAAGAGGGUCGCCUCGUCUGUCUUUAUCACGCUGGCCCCCCCGCGGCGAAACAUGGCAGUGGCUGAGGAAGUGAAGUGGGCGUCUUGUGAGGCCUGGCCUGGCCACCCCUGGGGGCCCCCUGCUGCCGUGAAGGCCCCCGGGGCUGGCUCGGCAGGGAGGCCCAGUCCUUGGACACCCCCUGCCAGGGCGGCAGCCACCGUGCCAGCCGUACCACCUCAACUCUCCAACGGAGGAUGUUCUCCCCCUCCUCCUACUUUGGAUGGCGAGGACACACUCCCCGACCUGGACCUCCUCCCACCUCCACCACCCUCCCCUGAUGAGGAGCCUCCUGCCUCGAUGGGAGCAUCACUCAUUUCAGACUUAGAGCACCUGCCUCCGCCCCCACCCCCACCCCAGUCCCUGGUGGAGGGGCCUCCACUCCAGCCCCAGCCUGGUUUUGCCGGGCCCGCAGGGGAGGAGCUUCUGCCUCCCCCAGAAGAACCUGUUGGCCUCCACGAGAAAGCGGCAUCCACAGACGUCUGUGCCUUCUGCCACAAGACCGUGUCACCCCGAGAGCUGGCCGUGGAGGCCAUGAAGAGGCAGUACCACGCCCAGUGCUUCACGUGCCGCACCUGCCGCUGCCAGCUAGCUGGGCAGAGCUACUACCAGAAGGACGGGCGGCCCUUCUGUGAGUCCUGCUACCAGGACACCCUGGAGAAGUGUGGCAAGUGUGGCGAGGUGGUCCGGGAGCACAUCAUCAGGGCCCUGGGCCGGGCCUUCCACCCUGCCUGCUUCACGUGCGUCACCUGUGCCCGGUGCAUCGGGGAUGAGAGCUUUGCCCUGGACAGCCAGGAUGAAGUGUACUGCCUGGACGACUUCUAUAGGAAAUUCGCCCCGGUGUGCAGCAUCUGUGAGAACCCCAUCAUCCCUCGAGACGGGAAGGAUGCCUUCAAAAUUGAGUGCAUGGGAAGGAACUUCCAUGAAAACUGCUACAGGUGUGAGGACUGCAGGAUCCUCCUGUCUGUGGAGCCCACGGACCAAGGCUGCUACCCACUGAACAACCGCCUCUUCUGUAAGCCGUGCCACGUGAAGCGGAGUGCCGCAGGGUGCUGCUGAGGGCGCCCACUGGGGUUGGGGGGGAGCUUUCCUGACUCAGUUUGCCUUUCUGACCCACUCUUGCACACUUUCCUUCUGAGCCGGGACAGGGACCAGCCUGCAGCAGCUCUGCCCACCAUGUCCGGGACACAGGGGCUGAGCCGCCCCAGUCCCCUCCCGGCUCAGAGGUGGGCAGCUGGCAGACCGUGCUCCUCAGACUUUCCACGCCUCCUUCUAGCCUCUGGGCUCUGGAAGCCUUGCAGACCAGGAGCCUCGUGCCAAAGGUUCCCACCUCCAAGGCUCUAGCCCCUCUCGAGUGCUGGCCUUGACCCCCAUUUCCAUGGGUGAGUUGGAGUGAGUUCUCUAGAUGACACCCCAUGUCCCUGGCAAUGACCCUUUAGCUGUCCCAUAGGGGAUUACUAAGACCAGCCCUGGCUUGCAGGACUGAGGUGUUUGGGGAAACCUCCAGGGUCCCUUAAAAAGCCCUUUUCUAAAAAUUUGAGAUUUAAAUGGUGAGAAACAUUCUUUGGAUUUGGGGCGAGGUGGGGAUCUUGAUAGGAAAUGUCUCAUAAACGUACAAGACUGUGGCCUAGUGGUGGCAACCUUGGACUUCUCACCUGGAGGACAUGUUGUGUUGACAUGGGGACCAGACCCAGGUAUGAACCUGAACGGCAAGGGCAGGAGGAGAGGGUGGUAUAUGCUGAUACACCAGGCACUCAGCCACCCGUCUGCCCUGCCUUCCGGCACUCCUCCCGGUGCGACAGUGAUUCAGCAUUGACUAAGUGCCAUUGAAUGUUGGGGAACAGGGCCCAGGAGCUCUGAGUGUUUCUCCUACAGCCUUGACUGGGGCUGUGCCCACAAACCCCGCACAUGCGCACACUCUUCCAGGACAGUGCUGGGGUGACCCUUCAGCCUCCCUGUUGAUCCCCGCCGUGUCCCACUCAAACCCUCCAACCCAGGCUACCCUGUGACCACUGCUUCCUCAAGGCCGUACCUAGAGGAUUCUUCCCUUUUAAGGAAAAUCACUUUUGUUGCUUUGUAACUCCUAAGACAUCUUGUAGGGCAUAAACAAAUUAAACAAAAUGUACUUUCCUCCCUGGGGUGGUCUGGAUGCACCACGCACUCCUGUGGGGAUGCCCUGGGCUCCGAGUACCAGGAGGGUCUCCCUGUAGAGCCCCUUAGGGGCCUCAGAGCAGAGCCCAGCUUCCAGCUCAAAGCUUGGAGAGUGAGUCCCAAACUCCGGGCAUUCACGUACCACCUCCACAAUUCUUGUCGUAAACGAGGACCUCCUGUUCUCUUCUUCCUGAAUAUUUUCUUUGACUCAACAUACUUUUUUAUUUUACUUCUUUCGAACUUUAGUCUUAUGCUAAACAAUAUAUCCUACAGUCACAUCUUAUGUGCUAGUUAUGUUUUUUCCUAUUACACAUGAAAAUA